AUGUCUAUUUUUGGAUUUUGCUGUGGGAUUAUAAGUAAAGUAUUAAAUGAAUCAAUAAUAAUUAGUUUCAUCUAGGGUAAGUUUGGGAUUUUGGAAUCUAUAAUUAUGAUACAUACUUCAGUGUCAAUCUAUUGAGUAAUAUUUUCAACAUUUUAGUGGUUGUAAGUGGAUUGGUAAAAUUGAAUUUUUUAAUUGUAGAUUUUUAUUGUAGUAAAAGGAAGCAAAGUGUUAGAUUUUAUAUUCUCCUUAUAUCUAUGGCAUUUCAUUAUUUGUUGUAUUUUAAGCUCUUCUGAAUAUAAUAAAAUGUGGUUUAUAAUGAAUACUAUACUAAGUAUUAUGACCAUAUUUUUGGGAGAAUAUCUUUGUGUUAGAUUUGAUUAAUAAGAUACCUUAAUUAUAGAUAGAUUAUUUAAGAACAAGAAAAAACCUAUUGCAGAACAUAAAAGAAAUGAUGAUAUUAUUAAAAUCAAUAUAUAAUGA